UGUAAAACUAUGCAAGAGGUGUUCACAGCUAUUUUAAAAAAUCCCUCUGAAUGAAUUUCAUGUAGGAUUCCCGAGGUCACCCGCUAUGUCAGACAGCAGGGCUUUCAUUAGGUCACGAGGAGGAAGGUGCGUGUGUCGCAGAAGGGAGGACGAGGAAGGAAGCUGAUGCUGCUGCUGCCUUUUUCUCCUCUGUCAUGCGGCACCGAGAUGCGUGAUCACGUUCAAAGGACAGCAAGAGGUGCAUCUUAAAUCCAUGGAUAUUUGAGAUCAAGCCACAAUGCAUCGAAAUCCAGGUUACUUUGAAAUGUCUGAUCAGAUUGGGAGCAGAACCGCUAGCGGCGCGCGCAGCAAAGACACAACCGUUCCUCGGGUGCUGUAUCCCUCCGCGCAGGGUAGAAGGUAGUCCAAUGAAAGUGUUUGUCCUGGGAAACAAGACAAGAAAAACAUGGCCAACUGUAUAGACCCAUGGUUUCCAUGGGUGACAGUUCGUCAUGAGUGCAUUGGGCCAAGGUCUUAUCGGGUGUCCCCUGUUACAUCUGUCCAAGACGUCAAACAGCUGCUCUAUGAAGAGACAAACCUACCAGUCAAGGAGCAACGGCUGCUUCACAAUGGGAGAAUUCUGGAUGACAGCAUACAGAUCGGUACCUUGGCGCCUGCAGGGAGCUCACAUGUAUGUGUCACUCUGGAAGGAAGAGGCCUCAAAGGAGGAGGGAGAUUCGGACAGACUACGCCCCCACUUGUGGAAUUUUUGAAAGAUAUCCUGAGGAGGUAUCCUGAAGGUGGACAGAUUUUAAAAGAGCUCAUUCAAAAUGCAGAGGAUGCUGGAGCCACAGAAGUCAGGUUCAUGUACGAUGAGACAGAGUAUGGAGUGGAGUCACUCUGGUCACCUGACAUGGCUCAACAUCAAGGAGCAGCAAUGUAUGUCUACAACAAUGCUGUGUUCACUGGGGAAGACUGGAAUGGCAUUCAGGAGAUUGCAAGAAGCAGGAAAAGAGAUGAUCCGCUGAAAGUUGGAAGAUUCGGGAUUGGCUUCAACUCAGUGUACCAUAUUACAGAUGUUCCAAGUAUAUUCAGUGGAAACCAGAUUGCUAUGCUGGACCCUCAUCAGACUCUGUUUGGGGUGAAUGAGUCAGGACAGUGCUGGAACUUGAGCACAGACAGGAAGGAGAUCACGGAACUAGCUGACCAGUUUUCUCCCUACAUGGGAAUGUUUGGGAUUUCUGAGAAAACGAUUAAGGAUGGCAGCUUUCUGGGAACUCUGUUCCGUUUCCCGCUUCGCAUGAAACCUUCCCAGCUCAGUGGCAACAUUUACAACAAAGAAAAGGUGUUGGAGCUCUUUGAAUCUUUUAAAGCAGAUGCCAACACGGUCCUCCUCUUCCUAAAGAGUGUUCAGAAGAUCUCUUUACACGUGAGAGAACCAGAUGGUACAGAACGCAUGUUAUUCCAGGCCACAGCCACAGAAAAUCCUGACAAUAAACUGGAAAGACCAAAUGCACUGGAGACACUGGGCCAGGCUAUAGAUAACUACAGUAACAGGGUCCCCAGCUCCACCAUCACGUGUGUUACCUACCAGGUCAACAUAGAGACUCAGGAUGAAACGGCUAAAGAAGCAAACAGAACCAUGUGGCUCGUUUGCAGUGGAGUUGGAGGGAGAGGGAUGUGUGCAGAGUUGGAUUCUCUGGCAGAUAAUUUGAAGUUCAUGCCAAUAAUUGGCAUUGCCUUACCUCUUGCAGCAAAUAACCAAGAGGACAAAGGUGCUGCAUCUGGUUUCUCGGGACGGGCAUUUUGCUUCCUCCCUCUCCCGCCUGGUGAGGAGAGCGAGACAGGACUUCCAGUUCAUGUGAGCGGUUUCUUUGGCCUCACAGACAACCGCAGGAGCAUCAAGUGGAGGGAGGUGGACCAGUGGAGGGACCUAGCAGCCUUGUGGAAUGAGCUGCUGAUAGUUAUUGUCAUCCCCAGGGCUUACUUUACUCUCAUAAUUGACGCUAUAAAAAGGGUACAAACUCAAAAAGACCAAGACUUUCCCUUGUCUCCUGCAGGGACCUACAGAGCCUGGCCAGACCCUAAGCAGGUCAAGUCACGCUGGAUGCCAAUUCUCCAACCACUCUUUCAGGAACUGCUUCAACAGAAAGUUAUUUAUUCUCUUAGUGAAAGCUGGGUCGGGAUGGACCACGCAGUCUUCUCAGAGCUGGACAUGGAUGAAAACCUUUCAGAAACUGUCAUCAACUACCUCCAAAGCACAGGCAUACAGGUGGCAAAGGUGCCUGCUGCGGUCCACUCUGUCCUUGCUUCCUAUACCACUGAACCCUUUGAAGUGAGAACAGUUACUCCCUCUUUGCUUCGGCAGACAGUCAGAAAGUACACACACAAAGGCCCGGCACAGGAGAAGCUGCUGCUGUUGGAGUUUGCACUGAGCGAUGCUAAUUACAGUGACCUCAUUGGACUUGAACUCCUGCCUCUGCAAGACAAAACCUUUGCAACGUUUUCAUCGUCCGUCAGUGAAAAGGAUGCCGUUUAUAUUCCAUCUGAGGAUUAUCCCAGGGUACUAUAUCCAGGACUUGAGCAUCGGUUCAUACUUGAAAGUAUAAAGCCCUCAGUGAUGGACAGUUUGAAGGAAGCUGCUAAUAGCCGAGGAAGACCCUGCACUCAGCUACAGGAGCUGAACCCUGAAAGAUCUGCACGACUUAUCAAAGAAAUCCUGUCAACAGCUUGGACAACAAGAGAAUUCAGUGUUAAAUGGGAACCUGGAAACGGAGAGCUGAAGCACCCUACAGUUUCCUGGUUAAAGAUGAUUUGGAGACAUCUAUACAUACAUUUUGCCGAUGACCUAUAUACAUUUGAAGACAUGCCUUUGAUCCCUCUUGUGCCACUUGAUGAGAGUAUGAACAACAUCACUCUUCUACGCCUCAAAAGUCCAUCGCCCAUAAUUCUAAUAGAUGAUAAACAAGCCCCAUUUUCCGAAAACCUUCUUGAAGUUGUGGAAAAGCUUGGAGGAGUUGCAAUGAAAAAGAUGGAUCCGUGUUUGCAGCACCCCCUGCUUAAGAAGUAUAUACACCCAUGCUCCCCUAGUAUUCUUUUACAAAUUAUGGGUCGACAAUCAACACAACGACUCUCAAGCCAAGUUUCUUCACUUUCAGACAAAGAGAAAACUGCUCUCAGAAACUAUCUUGCAGGGCUGCCCGACAUCACUGAGAAAGAAAAACAUACGUUGCUUGAUCUCUCCAUCUUUGACAAAGUGGGGGGAUUUAGAGAGGGCUCCCCUGUAUUUACCUCGUUAAGAGGAGCCCGAGCGUUACAUCACAGAGCCAAAUACCCACCUGACGUGAAACUGUCCCAAAGUCUUGUGGCUUGCAGUGAUGAGGAAUCCAUUCGUCUUUUCAAGAUGCUAAAUGUCGAACAACUGAAAACAACAGAGUGUUUGAAAAUGAUUAUUCAAGACAUGGAGACAGGGUUCUACACAAAAGAUGAAACAACAAAGAUCAUGUUGUGGGCUCUUAAACAUUUGGCAUUUCUCAAGAAUGAAAACUCAUGUGUUAUAGGAUGGCUUUCAACACUAAAAUUCAUUCAUAUGCCAUGUGGAAAGUCAGUCAAAGCUUCCGAUCUUUUUGAUCCAGAGCUGGAAAUUCUACAACACCUGUUCUACAUGGAAGAGAAAACCAGAUUUCCCACAAAUGUCUUUACAUCAUCCCCCGAUAUUCUUCAUUCACUCAGACAACUUGGACUUAAAAACGAAGUACAGUUGAAUGAAAAAGAUGCUCUUAAAGUGGCAAAGAAGAUAGAGGAGUUACAAAGCAGUGAAGAUCCAGACUGGGACUCCAUAACUAAAAAGGCAAAAACACUCCUGCAAAUACUAAAUAAACAAACAAAGCUGAUUAAGACAGCUGAUACUCAAGCAUCUUUGCUAAAACUGAAAUGGGUGCCUGUCUGUAAAGAAAGACCCCCGACUUACCCUAAAUCCCUUGCUUGGGUUGGAGAUACUCUGAAUAUCUCCUCUUUGUCUGAGAUGUGCGAGUUAUCACAUGCAGUGCUUGUGGGAUCAUCAGUUGCAGUGGUUGAACACACAUCUGCAGGUCUAAAAAAGUCACUUAAACUAAAUAUAGAACCACAAGUAGAUCAAGUAUUGCAGCACUUGAAAGCUGUAAAUGACUGGCACAAAUCACAAGCAUUUACUACAGAAGACUGGUAUCAGUUCCAGCAGAUCUUGUUUGAGAUUUACAGUUUCAUGCAGGCUCAUCUUGAGGAUGCGAGAGAAGCAAUGAAAUCAUUAUCUUUCGAUUGGGUGUGGACAGGCAAGACUUUCUCAUCACCAAGCCAGACGGUCCUAAAACCCCUUGCUGAUCUUGACUUGCAACCAUACCUGUACUCGCUGCCCAAAACAAUGAGAAAAUUUCAAAAGCUUUUUAAGUUUUGUGGUUCAGUUGAGGAGGUUGUCCCAAACCAUGUGUUUGAUGUCAUUGCUACAAUCCGACAAAGGUGUGAAGAAGAGAUGACCAAAGAAGAAAGCAAACAUGACAUUCUGCUCUUGAUUAACAUCCUGAGAUGGCUGUACAAUACCCAAACACCAGUAGACACCAGUAUGCAUGUGCCCAUUCUUUGUUACAAAGAUCCAAGUAAGUUGGCGAUGAAACCCAUUCAUGAAUGCACCUACUGUGACAUCAAAGUGGAUGAUCUGAAUGACUUACUUGAAGAUGGCUCUGAACCAAUAAUCUUAGUCCAUGAUGAGAUCCCUAUGAAAACAGCAGAGUGGCUAAAGGUGCCAUGUUUAAGCACAAGGCUGAUAAACCCAGAGAAUCUUGGCUUUGAACAAUCUGGCCAACAAGAACCUCUAACAGUAAGGAUAAAGAAUAUCCUGGAAGAGUAUCCAUCUGUAGCAGAUAUUUUUAAAGAGCUCCUUCAAAAUGCAGAUGAUGCAAGUGCAACAGAGUGCAGUUUUCUCAUUGAUAUGAGAAAAAACCUUGACAUUCGAGAGAACCUCUUGGACCCUGGUAUGAUUGUUUGUCAUGGACCGUCCUUGUGGUCUUUCAACAACGCUGUAUUUACAGACACAGACUUUCUGAACAUCACUAGAUUAGGUGGCUCAAUCAAGAGAUGUGAAGCUGACAAAGUUGGCAAGUUUGGCUUGGGUUUCAACUCUGUCUAUCACAUAACUGAUAUCCCUAUCAUUAUGAGCAGGGAGUUCAUGAUCAUGUUUGAUCCAAACAUCAAUCACAUCAGCAAACAUAUCAGAGACAGGUCUAACCCAGGGAUAAAAAUCAACUGGAGCAAACAGCAGAAGAGGCUUAGAAAAUUCCCCAACCAGUUCAAACCUUUCAUCAAUGUCUUCAACUGUCAGCUUCCUUUAGCUCAAGACUCCCCAUACAAAUUCAAUGGUACUCUGUUCAGACUUCCAUUUAGAACAGAGCAAGAGGCAGCAGUUAGUGAAAUUAGUAGUCUGUACUACAAUACUACAGACAUCUAUUCUCUGGUAGAUGAGUUCAGCAUUUGUGGCCACCGUUUCAUCUUGUUUACUCAGCAUGUUGGAUGUAUGAUCUUGAAAUACCUUAAAUAUGAGGAACCAAAUCCAGCUGGAGCUCAAGAUGUUGUCACGAUAAACAAGAGCGUCUGGUCAUCAAAGGCCUCAUAUGGACCUUUGAGUAUCCUGAAAUCUGCAGCAAAGCUCAUGAAGAAAGUGGCAAGCACUAAUAAGAUACCAGCUGAUUUCCCCAAGUCUGGCUGCAUCAUAAGAGUCGUUGUGGAGGAGUUUCACAAUGUGUUCAAGCGCAUUGUUGAUCUUCACUCUCCUCUGUUCAGGGGUUCAGAGGAGGACCCCAACCAAUACUUUGAGAUGGCAGCCAAAGGUGUUCAAACAAGAAGACUCACUGAUGAAAUGCCACAAAGAGCUGUUGAGGUAACCAGCUGGCUCAUUUGCUCAUGCAUGGAUGGAAGUGAGGCACUCAAGUUUUCACUUGGUGAUAGUGGCAAAAGGCUUGGACUAGUGCCUUGUGGAGGAGUGGCUGUUCUUCUGUCAGAGGAGGAGAAUCGAAAAUGGACUGUUAAGACAAAUCCCAACCCAAUUGGAGAGGUAUUCUGUUACUUACCUCUCAGAAUCAAAACAGGCCUGCCGGUUCACAUUAAUGGGUGCUUUGCUGUUACCUCCAACCGCAAAGAGAUCUGGAAGACUGAUACCAAAGGACAAUGGAAUUCCGUGUUCAUGAGACAUGUCAUUGUACAGGCCUAUUUAGCAGCACUCUCAAUGCUGCGUUCAAUGGCAGAAAGUGGAGAACUGCUUGAGUAUAACUACUAUGGAGCAUGGCCAGAUCCAGGUCAGGUACAUGAUGACUUCACGCUUGUCAGCCAGGGUGUUUACCAAGAAAUAUCCAAAGGAGGGGACAGUGAGCAGUCCAGAUUUUUUUCAGAUGGCAAAACCUGGGUGUCAAUCAAAUAUGUAAGGUUUCUUGAUGACUCCUUGCUCUGCAGACCAGACAUUGGUCCUGCUGCUUUCAAGAUCUUCUUGAAGUACCUCAAGAAGACUGGUUCACAGAAUCUCUGUGCGGUUGAGCUUCCUGAUUGGGUGAAGGAAGGAUUUGAAGAUGCUGGAUGUAAAGGAAAAUUACUGGAAAAAACUUUGUCAGAGAGAAAAUUCUUUUCUCAAGUCUUUUUCCCUCACAUCCAGGAAAUUGACACAGAUCUUCGCGAUCCCCUAAUGCAUUAUGUGCUGAAUGAGAAGCUGGAAGAUUUUGCCUCUAUCCUAAGGGUUACUCCUUGUAUACCAUGUUCUGGUCCCACGAAGGAACUGGUUUUGCCUUGUAAACUCAUUCAUCCAGAAGGAAGAGUUGCUAAACUCUACAACCCUGAUGAUGGAAGGUUUCCUGAUGAGAGUUCCAAAGAUUAUGUAAACCCUGUGUGUUUAGUAAAGCUUGUGCAGUUGGGCAUGGUUAAAGAUGAUUUGUCCUGGGAGGAUUUGAUUGAGCGAGCUCAUUCUGUUAUUGAACUUAAUGAAAGUGACCAUGCUGCUGCAUGCUUUCGAAGCAGUGUACUUCUUAGUCUUGUUGAUGAGAAACUGAAGAUGAAGGAUCCAGAAGCAAGUGAGCAUUUAGAGACUCUACAGGACAUUAAGUUUCUUCCAUUUUUGACAAGACCUGCAGGUUUCUCUUUACCAUGGCAUGGGAACAGUUUUUCCCCAGCGACAAUGUUUUCUCCAAGAGAGGUCUUCACCACCGAGCAUCAAGACACAGUGUGUCUGAUGAAACCAAUCUUGAAUGAAAAUUCUCCAUCCUUUAAAGGUUGUGGUGCCAUGUCCUUGGCUGUGAAAGAUGGUCUUGGUCUGAUAAGGAAACCCUCUGUUGCGCUGGUUAUCAGUCAGUUGAAGAAACUGUCCCAGUCAUUUGAUGGUGUCACUUUGUAUCAAGAAAACAUAACAAAUGCCUGCUACAAAUAUCUUCAUGAGGAAAUGUUUCAGGAUGAAAAUGCAAAAGAUCUGAUAACUGAGGAACUAAAAGCCUUUAAUUCCAUCUUGGUAGAGAACACGUAUGUCAGUCCCUCUAAAGUUGCAUUCCAUCUCAACUUUGAUGUAGCUCCCCAUCUUUAUCAGCUUCCCAACAAAUACAGAAACAGUUGCCGUGAGCUUUUUGAAAAUGUUGGUGUACAACCCAAUUUCACGGUUGAAGAUUUUUCUACAGUUCUUGAAACUGUGAGGCAAGAGUGCGGAAGGAGGGCACUAACUGAGGAAAACUUCCAGCUGUGUCGCAGAAUCAUAAGUGAAGGAAUAUGGAGUUUGAUUCGAGAUAAAAACCAAGAGUACUGCCAAGCAAAUUAUGGUGGCAUUCUGUUACCAGACUCCAACCUGACCUUACAGCCAUCAAAGUCCCUAUGCUAUAAUGACUGCCCUUGGAUCAAAGUCAGAGAUUCUUCAGUGAAAUACUGUCACAGCGACAUUCCAAGAGAGGUUGCUGUGAAACUAGGUACUAUCCCAAAACGUCACAAGGCAUUGGAGAGAUAUGCCUCAAAUGUUUGCUUCACGACACUUGGCAGUGAGUUUGGACAGAAAGAGAAGCUUACCAGUAGAAUCAAAAGCAUUCUCAAAGCGUAUCCCUCAGAGAAAGAAAUGCUUAAAGAGUUACUUCAAAAUGCUGAUGAUGCAAAAGCCACAGAGAUCUUCUUUGUGUUUGAUUCAAGGACACAUCCCACAGAUAGAAUAUUUGAUGAUAAAUGGGUCCCAAUGCAAGGCCCUGCCCUCUGUGUGUAUAAUAAUCAACCAUUUACAGAAGAUGAUGUUCGUGGUAUUCAAAACCUAGGGAGAGGAACAAAAGAAGCUAACCCAGGCAAAACUGGUCAGUAUGGAAUAGGAUUCAACUCUGUGUAUCAUAUAACUGACUGCCCCUCCUUUGUCUCAAAUAAUGACAUUCUAUGCAUCUUCGAUCCACAUGCACAAUAUGCACCAGGAGCUACAUCUACCAGUCCUGGAAGAAUGUUCAGAGACUUGGAUUCAGACUUCCGAUCCCAAUUUUCGGACGUUCUAAAUCUCUACUUGGGAGAUCAUUUCAAGUUGGAACGCAGCACAAUGUUCAGAUUCCCCAUUCGAACUGUAGAAAUGGCAAAGACAUCAGAGAUAAGUUCUGUUCCCGCAUCUGACAGAAUGGUACAUAACCUUUUGGAUAAGCUCAAAACAGAUGGUGCAGAGCUCCUCAUGUUUCUCAAUCAUAUGGAGAAAAUAUCAAUUUGUGAAAUUGAUAAAUCAUCUGGUGAUCUAAAAGUGCUGUAUUCUGUGACUGCCAAAAUAACAGAUGGUGAUCGGCUGAAACGCAAACAGUUUCAUGCCUCUGUCCUUGAUAGUGUGACCAAAAAGAAACAGCUUACUGCUAUUCCAGUCCAGCAAAUAAGCUACUCCAUGGAUAUUGAGGACACUGAUGGAAAUUUAACUACAUGGGUGAUCUGCAACAGAUCUGGGUUUUCAGAUAUGGAAACUGUCUCAAAAAGCAUAAUAUCAGCUCACAAAAAUGAUGAUAUAACUCUGUUUCCACGUGGAGGCGUGGCUGCAUGCCUAAGCCACAACUACAAGAAACCCCACAGAGCUUUCUGCUUUUUGCCUCUUUCACUAGAGACUGGUUUGCCUUUUCACGUCAAUGGACAUUUUGCUCUCGACUCAGCCAGAAGAAAUUUGUGGAGAGAUGAUAAUGGAGUUGGGGUAAGGAGUGACUGGAAUAACACCCUGAUGACAUCACUAAUAGCCCCAGCUUAUGUUGAACUCCUGAUUCAGCUAAAGCGUCGAUACUUCCCAGGUCCAGAUCCCACCAUGACAAUGCUACAGGGAACUCCACUUCAUGCUGUCAAAGAUACCUUGCGGAAAUAUCUGUUUUUCUUUCCGGCCAACCGACUUGAAACACAGCCAGACUGGUACUGCCUGGUUAAAGCAAUCUACAGCUGUAUCCAUGCUGAUCUUAAGCGUUUGCUUCCUGUUGUCAGAACCACACAACUGGACAACUCCGAGAUGCACUCUGUUGUUUACAUUUCAUGGGUGAAUACUUCAACUGCAAACAAAGGAAGAGCCUUUUUUGAUAAUUUGUUGCAAGAUGAACUUCAGCACUUAAAAAACACAGAGUACAACAUAACUUCACGAAAGUCUGUGGCAGAAAAUGUGUACAGGCUGAAAACAUUACUUCUUGACAUUGGCUUCAACCUGAUUCACAGCUGUGAUGAGACAUCAAAUAUCUACUUUUGUUUGGAGGAUGCAGGGAUCCCCGUAAGUUAUGUGACACCAACCGAUGUCCGCAACUUUCUUCAAACUUUCUCUUCUCCAGAUACUUCAUGUCACGUUGGAAAACUCCCUUGUCGCCUCCAGCAAUCAAACUAUAGACUACUACAUAGCUUAAAGCUUCUUGUGGACUACUGUUUUACAGACAUAGAAGAGGGUGAAGUCAAAAUCGAGGGCUUACCUCUUCUGAUAACAAUGGACGGUAUGCUUCAGGUUUUUGAUUCCAAUAGACCAAAGUUCCUCACAACACAUCAUGAACUAAUAUCAUCAAGGAAAGAAAUGUUCAUGAAUACAUUGUACCUGAAGUAUUGCAAUGUCCUGUUGAAAGCUCAGGUUGCAAAGAACUUUGACAUCAGCAGUUUUGGUGAUCUGCUGGGAUCUGUUCUUCCAAGAGAGUAUCAUACAAGAGUUCCUGUAAAAUGGAGAGAUACUUUUGCAAAUGACUCUUGGUUAAAGAAUGUCUGGAACUUCCUCAGUGAGAAUAUAGCUGUCAAGGAAGAUCAGGUGGACAUUAAGCCCAGCUUUGACACAAUGGUGGACAUUCUAAAAGACUGGGCUUUGUUACCUGGACUCAAGUUCAUUGCAAGAGACAAGAUUGUUGUUCCAGAUCAUGACAUGCUGCUACCUCUUAGCUUGAUGAACAUCGCCAUAUUUCCACAGGGCCAAAACGACAAAGUUUUUCACACACUAAUGAAGGCAGGGUGUAUUCAGCUUGCAGUGAACAAAAUAUGUGUCAAAGACAAUCAGAUCAUGCAUUUUCUGACACAACAUACAGCCAACAUUGAAAAUCCAUCAAGUAUUUUAAAAGCAACAGAGUACAUGAUCCAGAUGUCUGCAUUCAAAACAGCAAAUCUGACUGACAAAGACUUUGAGGCCCUGCUUUUGUAUUUUAACUGCAACUUGGUCAGUCUCACACAACAAGAUGCACAAAGUCUAAAACUUCUCCCCUGCUUUAAAUCAGUCAGUGGAAGAUAUAUCAGCAUUGCAAGCUAUGGGGCAAACUAUGUUCUGGAAAAAAGUCCUCCAACUGCAGACAUAGAGAAAUGGGCUCACACACCCUCUUCUUCCUUUCUUGCUGACAUUCCACAACUGAAAGAGCUGUACACGUUUCUCGGUUGCAUGCCAAUAGAUGAUAUUGAAAUCUAUCUUCAUCACCUACUGCCAAAGUUUGACAGUCUUUCUUCUGAUGCCAAAGUUGAGCACAUUGUCUAUUUGAAAGAGAGACUUCUUUCAAUGGAAGAAUCCUGUGCAAUGAAGGAGCAGCUGUAUGAAAAAUUGGAAGGGUUGUCAUUCAUCCAUGACCACUCAAACAGACUGAGGCCUGUCAAGUUUUUCUUUGAUCAAACAGUGAAGGUUUUUGAAGUAAUGCUGCCUUCAAAGUCAUUCAUCCCAAGUGAGUUUUUCAAGAAAAUAGAGCAACUGACAAAACCCAAGAACGGAACCCUGUUGAUGACCUCAUGGAUCAUCUUUCUGAGAAAUAUUGGUCUCAAGCAUGAUGUCACCCAGCAGCAAGUCCUUCAGUUUGCAAAAGAGGUCAGCAUCAAAGCCCAAACAGAGGGUUGGUCCAAAGAAAAAGUCCAAAACAUUGUUGAAGUCCUCUUAAACCACAUUUUCAAUGACAGAAAAGACCUGUUUCAAGGUACUUUUUUGAAGGAGCUCUCAAUGAUACCUUUCCUGUGUCCAGAAAGAGCUCCUAGAGAACUCCUAAAGCUUCAUACUCAGUACCAAGAGAUGAGCAGCACACUUCCUCUGAUUCGCUUCAGUGGGUCUCAGGUUAAUCCAAAAUUCAAGCAAACAGAUAUCAUUCACUUGCUUUGGACAUCCUGUCCAAUCCUACCUGAGAAAGCUACGCCUUCAAGCAUAAAAGAUCAGGAGGGCAGCACUCUAACUGGGCAGGAGCAACUUGAUCAAGUAUUGAGCAUGUUGGGCGUCAACUUAGACCCACCUCUGGAUAAAGUCAUAAGCAACUGCAAAAAUAUCUGUAACAUAGCAAAUCCAGAUGAUGAAAUGGUGAAAACGAGAAACAAAGUUCUAAGAUCCACAUAUGAGUUCCUCACUGCUGAUAAACGAGAUUUCAGUCACCAGCUUCGUGGCAUUGCUUUUGUUAUGGUUGAAGAUGGAUGGAAACUUUUGAAACCAGAGCAAGUAGUCAUCAAUUUGGACAAUGAAUCUGAUUUCAAGCCCUAUUUGUACAAAUUACCUCUGGAACUUGGUACCUUUCAUCAGCUUUUUAAACUUCUUGGCACAGAAGAUGUCGUGUCAACCAAACAAUACGUUGAAGUGCUGUGGAGAAUUUUCCGGAAUUCAGAAGGAAAGCAGCUUGACCCAAAUGAAAUGAGAAGUGUAAAAAGAGUCGUGUCAGGCUUGUUCAAGUCUCUUCAAAAUGAUCCCGUGGAAAUUCGUAAAGACCUUGAAAAUCUGAGAGAUUUAAUAUUUUACUUGCCAAGCCACGAUGGUAGGCUAGCAAAAUCUAGCGGCUUGGUGUUUGAUGAUGCCCCACACUACAAGAGCAGAAUUCAGGGUAACGUUGGAGUUCAAAUGCUGGUGGACAUGAGCCAAUGCUAUCUGGGAAAGGAUCACUCCUUCCACACAAAACUCAUAAUGCUGCUUCCACAGAAACUGAGACCCAGACUCUUGAGCAGCAUUCUUGAGGAGCAACUUGAUGAGGACGCUCCAAAAAUGUGUCAGUUUGGAGCUCUUUGCUCUCUCCAAGGGCGCCUUCAGCUGCUGUUGUCAUCUGAGCAGUUCAUCACAGGUCUCAUCAGAAUAAUGAAGCAUGAAAAUGACAAUGCAUACCUUGUGAAUGAAGAAAAGGCUAUUCGUCUUUGCAAAGCACUUUGUGAGGGACUCAAAGUAUCCUGCUUUGAAAAGCUCCAGACAACUUUAAGGGUUAAGGGAUGUAGUCCUAUUCCAAACAGUCGCAGCGAAACACUUGCUUUUCUGAAGAGAUAUGGAACAUCUGUGAUCCACCUCUACAUCCAGCAUUCAGACAGCAGAGACAUAAACUUUCUGCUUGCCCUUGCAAUGACACUGAAAUCUGCAACAGACAACUUGAUUUCUGACACAUCCUACCUGAUUGCCAUGUUGGGAUGCAACGAUAUCUACAGAAUCACUGAGAAGUUGGACAAUCUUGGUGUCAAGUAUGACUCAACAGAACCUUCAAAACUCGAGCUGCCCCUGCCUGGAACCCCAAUACCAGCUGAGAUACACCACACACUGCUGAUGGACCCAAUGAAUGUAUUUUAUCCAGGAGAAUAUGUGGGCUACUUGGUAGACUCUGAGGGUGGAGACAUAUAUGGAUCCUACCAGCCCACCUACACAUAUGCAAUCAUUGUUCAAGAAGUAGAAAGAGAAGAAGAGGAAAAUGCAAGUUUCCUAGGGAAAUGCUUCCAGAUAGACAUUGGUUACAGUGAGUACAAAAUAGUCAGCUCACUUGACUUGUACAAAUUCUCAAGGCAAGAGGAAAGCACCCCUAUGCGAAAUGCUAGCACUCCCUCGACCCCUACAAGUCCAGACAGUCGCUCCUCUGGGCUACAUAUGAUGCCUCCUAUCUUUACUGGAAAAGAAAACCUCCGGCCUCCUCUCCAGAAACAGUCUCCUAGAAAGCUCAAGCUUCACGCCCUGCCAGAGAUUCUGAAAGAAGUGACCCUAGUGAUCGAACAAGCUUGGAAGCUUCCUGAAACUGAGAGGAAAAAGAUAAUCCGUCGCUUGUACCUCAAGUGGCACCCUGACAAGAACGCUGAGAAUCUGGACAUUGCCACUGAAGUGUUCAAGCACUUACAGAAAGAGAUCAGCAGGAUGGAGAAACAGUCUCUGUCUGAUCAACAAAAUGCAGACAGGAGUUCCAGGAGAUCUUUCUCCACGUCAUCCACCCGCUUCCAGUCAGAGAAGUCCUCAUUUCAAAGGUUUUACUCAUCAUGGAACCAAGAAGCCACAAGUCAUAAGUCAGAAAAGCAACAGUUCAGGGAACAUUUCACAGGCUAUGCAGGCUCAUCCCACUCUCAUCGAUUCUUUGUACCUCCAACCUUCAAAACAGUUGGAAAUCCAGUGGAAGCACGCAGAUGGCUGAGGCAAGCCAGAGCAAACUACUCAGCUGCCCGCAACGAUCUUCAUAAAAAUGCUAACGAGUGGGUUUGCUUCAAAUGCUACCUGGCAACAAAGCUUGCAUUGAUAGCAGCUGAUUAUGCAGUCAGAGGAAAGUCUGACAAAGACGUAAAGCCGACCGCUCUGGCUCAGAAAGUAGAGGAGUACAGCUCCCAGUUAACCGGGCUCGCCCGUGAUGUUCAGAUCUUGGAGGGAUACGGUGUGGAUAGCUUAAGAACUCGCUACCCGGAUCUCCUGCCAUUUCCACAAAUACCCAAUGACAGGUACACAUCUGAGGUGGCAAUGAGAGUGAUGGAGUGUACCGCACGCAUUAUCAUCAAGCUUGAGACAUUUGUGCAGCAUAAAAUGUGAUCUUGUUGUGAAACUUCAACACUCACCGAAGGAUUUUCAAAAAAAAUACAAAAAACUGUGAUGCAAAUCAUGAAGUACCCAGCUGGCAGCUUAUGAUACAUAUGCAGAUUCUAUCUGGGUUCAUGAGGCCCGGGUUCAUGCACAGUAAUAAUUGUAUGGCUCCCAUAAAAAGUUAGGCCACAUUUCUGCAUAAGCUGUACAUUCAAAAGCUGCAGCUGAUUUUGGUUACCAAGUUGACUGUAUUAGCUUUGAGCGACAUUCAAAAUAUGCUGCAUUUUUACUUUAUCUUUUGUAUUUAAAAGAUAAAAAAAGGAAUAUAUUUUCUUGCUACGGAAAACCAGAGUUUAAUCAAAGGAUGUGCUUUACAUGAAGUAGAUUUAAAAGUUUAUUCUCAUGCGAUGUGUCCUUAUUUGCUAAAGCUCAGAGAAUCUAGAAAAAUUUAAUCAUGUUUUUUUUAUGUCCAUUUUUGUACUUUUCUGGUUGUUUUCACUCUAUCAUUUCUGUCAGCGUUUCCUGUAACUUGGCUUAUUUAUGCACUCUUCCGACUUCUUGUGUAUUCUCACUCGUAGCACUCGACAUCCUGCCAAUUGGAAAAAUUCAACUGUGAGGGGAAACAAAUGUAUUUUAUUUGGCAGCAGGUGUUGUAAAAGUGGGAUUAAACUGUAGUUUUUUUUAUGAUAUUGAAAAUAACUCUUGUUUGGCAUUGUGAUAAAUACCCAUACAAUGUGGAAUUUGUGUUUUGGGGAUUUCCCCCAACAUGUAGGUUUUGACAUCCUAAAAUUAUAUCUACAUAUUUCCUGUUUAA